AACCAAAACAUACAAACAGAGAUGUUACUCUUUCCUGGAAUUCGCUUACCAUUUUCAUUUUAACCUCCGUUCUUUAUAUUUACCUCGCUCUUUAUAUUUUCUUCGCUGUUUACAAUGGCUAGCCAAGGAACUGAAGAGGAAGAGGUGGCUGCACAAUCCUAAAAUCGCGGAGGCAGUCCGUCCGCUACACAACUCUGAGGGAAACUGUCGGCGCUAUGACCCGGAGCAAGGAUUAAGCUCGCCAUAUAAUGAGACAGUCACCUCAUUUUAGUGGGAGCACUGUCCAUAAGCCCGGAAUUGCGCGAUGAAGGCCUGGAUAAAAAUGACUUUGUUGACCAUGCAUAGAAAUUUCCGGUACAGCCAGCCAGAUCUAGCAAAUGUGGCUGCAGCUAAUAUGACCUCAACCCAGAGUUGCCAGAGGAGGAAGAGGCUCUUGGAGGCGAGGCAAAGUGUCCUGGCUGUGGACGAAAUGGACUUCUGGAGGGGAAUCACCGCUGACAUGAUGUCAGAUGAAGAAGACGGUGCCGUUGAUGGAGUCUCGGGGUGGAUUGUGAGACCUCCAUCAAUCUGCAGCCAGGAGCUCAGCAAUCUGUGUGUUAAGCUGCAGACGAGACUAGAAGCCAGUCCAAAGUAUGCAGCACUGCAUCACCGGCAUCUGUGAACUGCGCUGACGUCUAACAGAACGCCAUCGCAUACCUACAACCCCGAGGCAGCAAAAAGACAUUUGAUGCCAAACGUGAUGCCAUGACAAUAAUCUCUGGCUAGUUUUUGUGUAUUUAUAUUUCAUAUGUCUAUUUAAUAAAACAUUU